AUGAAGGCAGCUAUGUUGAGAUCUGUAUUCAAGAGGAGCUGCUCCACCACUGCCCCAUCGGCAUCCCACGUAAUGCGGCGCGGCUUCUCAUCGGACUCUGCGCCCGAGCGAAAAGUUGCAGUUUUGGGAGCUGCCGGCGGGAUCGGACAACCGUUGGCUCUGCUUAUGAAGCUUAAUCCUCUCGUCUCCAAGCUCGCUCUCUACGAUAUUGCCGGGACUCCUGGCGUCGCCGCUGACGUCAGCCACAUCAACACCAGAUCUGAGGUUGCUGGGUACAUGGGAGAAGAACAGCUGGGGCAGGCUCUGGAGGGAUCUGACAUUGUCAUCAUUCCAGCUGGUGUACCCAGAAAGCCUGGCAUGACUCGUGAUGAUCUCUUCAACAUCAAUGCUGGAAUUGUUAAAUCUCUUUGCACUGCAAUCUCCAAGUAUUGCCCCAAUGCGCUUGUCAAUAUGAUUAGCAACCCUGUGAACUCCACUGUCCCAAUUGCUGCUGAGGUUUUCAAGAAAGCAGGAACCUACGAUGAGAAGAAACUGUUUGGUGUGACCACACUUGAUGUCGUUAGGGCCAAGACAUUCUACGCUGGCAAGGCCAAAGUCAAUGUGGCAGAGGUCAAUGUACCCGUUGUUGGUGGGCAUGCUGGCAUAACCAUUCUCCCUUUGUUUUCACAGGCCACACCAAGAGCCAAUUUACCGGAUGAGGAGAUUAAAGCUCUCACGAAACGAACUCAAGAUGGUGGGACGGAAGUUGUUGAAGCUAAGGCAGGAAAGGGUUCAGCUACGCUAUCAAUGGCUUAUGCUGGGGCCAUAUUUGCUGAUGCCUGCUUGAAGGGACUUAAUGGGGUCCCAGAUGUUGUUGAGUGCUCAUUUGUGCAGUCAACAGUCACUGAGCUACCAUUUUUCGCAUCCAAGGUGAGGCUUGGGAAGAAUGGUGUUGAAGAAGUCCUAGGCUUGGGCCCACUUUCUGAUUUCGAGCAACAAGGACUAGAAGCUCUUAAACCCGAGUUGAAAUCCUCUAUUGAAAAGGGUAUCACUUUUGCCAACCAGAGUUGA